AGUGAUAGUAUGAAAAAGACAGUCCGGAUGUAAGAAUUUGAUUUCGAAUGUUCGUCUAGAAUAUGCUGAAAAUAAAUUAAUAUUCCCGCGAGACUUUCGCUUCAAUCCUAAAUCAAUCUUAACUGAUGAUGGCUUGAUGUAUCACGAUCMAGAAUGACUUGAUUUGCUUGAUUUGUUUGUUAAGUGAAGAAAAUUCCAGGCAACAAAGUAUCCAGACAUGGCAGAAAAGUCAACUUUAGGUGAUGAUGCUUUCAAAACAUCACCAUACGACCAUCAACUGUUUGGUGAAAGCCAAGAAAGCAAUCAAAAGAAAUGYGGUUGCUGCUCAUGGCCUCCAGCUAAAAGAUACAUUGUGGCUAUACUAGCACUAUUUGGCUUUGCUAAUGUGUAUGCCUUAAGAGUGAACCUUAGUAUUGCACUGGUUGCAAUGGUAUCAAAUCACACYGUAUACAAAGAUGGAUCUUGGGUUGAGAUACCUGCUGAAUUUAACUGGAGUACAGAACUACAAGGUAUUAUUUUAGGUGCAUUCUUUUAUGGAUAUAUUUUGACCCAGUUGCCUGGUGGUUUAUUGGCUCUUAAAUUUGGAGGAAAAAACCUGUUUGGGUUUGGAGUGUUUUUUACAUCUGCUGCUACUCUCUUCAUUCCUGUUGCUGCGAGAGGAAAUGUAGGAGUGUUGAUUGCACUGCGAGUCAUCAUAGGAGUUUGUGAGGGGGUMGUGUUUCCUGCCAAUCAUGCCUUGUGGAGUAAAUGGUCUCCACCUCUUGAGAGAAGCAAGCUGACCACAAUUGCUGUAUCAGGUACUCACAUUGGCACAGUAUUGGCUAUGUCUCUGUCAGGAGUGAUUGCCAAGUCGCUAAGAUGGCCAGCUAUCUUUUACUUCUUUGGCUCUGCAGGGAUUUUGUGGUCCAUAAUCUGGUUUUUGGUUGUMAAAAAUUCACCUGCAGAUGAUCCUAACAUAAGCCCUGAAGAGCGCGAGUUCAUUGAAAGUGCUAUUCGUUUAGGAGGAACAUCAACUAAGGAAACCCACAAACCAAUUCCAUGGAAAUCGAUUGCAACAUCUCUCCCAGUCUGGGCUAUAAUAGUAGCACAUUUCUCUGAAAACUGGGGAUUCUACACCUUGCUGACUGAAUUACCAUCCUACUUGAAACACAGCCUCAAGUUUGAUCUAGCACAUGCUGGUUUCGUGUCGGCGCUACCUUAUCUUGUSAUGGCGAUAGUGGUACAACUUGGAGGAAACCUGGCUGAUUGUUUACGAACGAAAAAGAUCCUUUCGACGACAAACGUGCGUAAACUGUGCAAUUCAACUGGUUUCUUUUUCCAGGCGGGGGCUUUAGUAAUCGUUGGUUACACUGGGGACUGGAAAGUAGUGGUUGUAUUCCUGACAAUCUCCGUAGGCAUGAAUGGAUUUGUGUACAGUGGUUUCUUUGUUAAUCAUCUUGACAUCGCACCUCAGUACGCAGGUGUGUUGAUUGGAAUCAGCAACACUAUCGCCACUCUACCUGGAAUAUUCAGUCCUUUGUUGACUGGAAUUAUCGUUCAGCAUCAUUAUCCUUCGGAAUGGAGAGUGGUGUUUUACAUUGGWGCAGUUGUUUAUGCGUGUGGAGCCAUUUUCUAYAUCAUUUUCGGUUCUGGAAACGUUCAAAUCUGGGCAAAUGAGACUAGUGGCUACGAAGAAGUUCCUCUUGGAACCAAAGAUGAAGRCGAAGAGGACGAAGAACUCAAUCGAUGAAAGCGAAAAUAUUUGUGUUAGUCUCAUCAUUAUUUGAUUUCUUUUCACUAAUUUCCAAAAGAUCGAGUAAAUAUAUGGGUAAAUAAAAGCUGGGCAGGAAGUUGUCUCCCUUUACACUGUUUCUGGCGAACUGAAACUUGUUCAUUUUUCACCAGAAAUAGUCUGCAAGGGGGAAUAGCCAAAAGGUUAAAGCAAAAAUGAAAAAUAGAAAUCMAACGAGCUUAAAUUACAASGCACUCAUUAAAGUUUCACGCACAUAAAWCAAGCUSGUGAGMGAUGAGUCAAAUGAUAGCAAUAAACGAAAAAACAAAGAAUCAAUUUUUAAUUUAUUCAUUAUUCGAAUUAAUUAAUUGAAUUAUUUUAAGCAAAUCGACCAUAUUUAUUUUUGAACAUAGUAUAUAUAGUUGAGGUUUGCAAGCCUCUGUAUUCAUAAUGUGUUGGUCGCCUAUAGAAGUGAAAACACUCAAAAUACAUAUUUCAGACAUGAAUCAUGAAUAAAAAUGKUGAUGAUCAGAGAAAAAAGGGGUUUMAAAUGAGUUCUUGUAGAACUGGAAUAUAGAUUAAUGUCGAGACAUUGUUUGCACGUUUUUUAAAGAUAGCMUCCAGCUAAAGGAGGAAUUAUAUCUUGUAUAGAAUGUAAUCAACYAGGGUAAUAUUUUACUGACUUUAUUGUAAUUUAUUAGUCAAAAUGACAAUAAAUAAGAGUUAACGGGAUAA